AUGACUGAAAUUAAACAACAACAUACAUUUGAACUUGAUGUAGGUAAUUUGUUAGUUACUGAUCGAUCAGACGUUGAUAUUGAAAAAUUUAAAAGUGAUUCAUGGAAAUACAUUGGAGAAAUUGCAAAAAAAGCUAGUAAAACAUUAAUUGAUAAUAUUUAUGCAAGAGAAGAUGUGUCUGAUCACAGUGACCCUUCACUUGGUAAAGUAGUUAUAUUAGAUGAACCAGAAAUGAAAUUUCCAAGAGAAAAACCAUUACCAGCAAGUAAAGAACCCACUAAAUGGGAAUUAUUUGCAAAAAGAAAAGGAAUUAAAAAAACAAAAAAGAGUGGAAAAGUAUGGAAUCAAGAAACACAUAGUUGGGUUCCACGAUUUGGUAUGGGAAGUGCUAAACAAAUUAAAAAGAAAACAGAAGGAUGGAUUGUUGAAGAUAAAGUUGGAUUAAGUGAUAAUCCAUUUGAAGGAAUUGAUAAAAAGAAAUUAAAAGAAGAAACAAAACCAAGUAGAAGUGGUAAAAAAAUAAAGAAAUCAUUAAGUAAAAUUAAAUUAACACCAGGAACUAUUGGAAAAGAUGGAUAUAUGAAUAAAAAAGAUGCACAAAAAUUAUUAAAAAUUGCACAAAGAUCAUCAGCAUCAAUGGGUAAUUUCUCUAAGAAUUUAACAGGAGAAAAGAUUGUUGCAAAGAAAAGAAAAUUAAAACAAUCAGAUUUUGUUAAAGGAGGUGAUAAGGCAAAGAAUAUGAGAGUAUUAGAUCGACUUACUAAAAAGAAAAAUUAA